AUGGUUCCAACUGUCAGCGCCCAACGACGGAGGCCAAUUGUGUAUUUGGACGAGAGCCUCAUCCACCAUCACUACUUUGGACAUGCGGACAGCUUGUUUGAUCCCAUUGACCACGAAACAACGAAACCUAAGCAUAAAGGACGGCGUUACUGCGUCAUUGCCGCAAUCCUUGAUGAUGGAUCAGACGUGAGUCAUCUGCUUGGCUUGGAGAAGAAGGAUGGCAAAGAAGUGAAAGAUUACCAUGCUAUGUUCAAUCACAAGUACUUCACUGCCUGGUUCACAAGACUAAUGGACGAAGUCGAAGAUUUGGGUUGGAGGUCAGCGGUUUUCGUCAUGGACAAUGCAAAGUACCACAAGGUGAAACCAGAGUCAACUUCAAAAGGGAACUGGAAAAAGGAGGACAUGUACCAAGCCUGUUUGAAGUAUGGUCUCAAUGAUGUGUCCCAGUCGGAUCUCAAAUCUGUUAUCUGGGCCAAGUUGAAGAAGGACAAUGGGUCGUGCUUACACCUCCAAGACGACCUUCAAGGACGUGUUGGAACGUCUGGAAAAGGCCUUUUGGGAAUUGGACACUGCUACGAUUUGUCAAACCAUCCAAAACUCCACAUGUAA